AUGCAAGCUCACAUGAAAUCGGAAUAUCCCGUGGUCAACGGCCAUCUCUCUAUUUCAUGCUACAUGUCCGCGCUUGAUGGCUGCUACGCAGAGCUGCGUAAGAACGCCGCGCGCCUCGCCAAUAGCGCCAAAACAAGUUAUCCAGAGGCUGUUGCUAUUCUGGCUAGAGAGCGGCAGAGCCUGAUCAACGUCUUUGACUUCAUGGCCUUCCACACACCCAACUGUAAGCUAGUCAGCAAGUCAUACGGGCGGCUGCUCUACAACGAUUUUUUGAAUGACAAGUCGAGCGCGGAAUUUGCCAGCCUGCCCCAGCCCCUUCGAGAUCUGUCCUACGAAGAGUCCCUCAAGUCCAAGGAGUUGGAAAAGACGUUCCUUGAACUUAGCAAACAGCGUUUCAUAUCCCGUGUCGAGUCUUGCAUCCGUGCACCAAGCAUGUGUGGAAAUAUGUACACUGCGAGCCUGUAUUGCUCUUUGAUCAGCGUUCUAUCCCAUGUUGGUUCCGACGCGCUGCAGGGUAAGACCAUUGGCAUGUUCAGCUAUGGCAGCGGCAUUGCCAGUACUCUUUUCACACUACAGGUUGUGGGCGACGUGAGCAGUAUUAUCGACAACAUUGACCUUUUUGCAAGACUGAAGGCGAGGCGCGUGGCGAGUCCGCAGGGGUAUGAACAAGCAUGUAAAAUGCGCGAAGCUGGAUACGGCGUGGCGAACUUCACCCCAAGAGGUGAUCUAGCCAGCAUCGGAGACGGAGUGUAUUAUUUGGAGCAUAUUGAUGAGCAGUACCGACGAACAUACGCUGUCAAGUCCAGUACUGCUAACGAGACA